UUAUUCCACAUUCAGCAGUGGGAAACCACAUAAACUAUGGUAAAGUGCAAAUGGUAACGGGAGACUGUAGCAGCAUUUAAAUGAACUGAAUGCGAACGAUCAUGAGUCAGAGCAGAGCUGGGCAGUGUUUUGGGUAUAAAUAUGCGCCUCCAAGAGCAGUUGGAUAUCAAACAGUUUCUAGCCUUCCGAAGAAGCAAACAAAGAAAUAUAUCCAACAUGUUCAAAUUCGCCGUUGUUGUCCUCGCUCUUGUUGCCUGCGUAGCUGCCAAACCAGGACUCAUUGGUGCUCCUCUGGCCUACACUUCCCCGCUGGCUUAUACCGCUCCUCUGGCCUACACUGCUCCAGCUGCAGUAGUGGCUGCUCCUGCUCCAGUCGUGACCGCCACCAGUAGCCAGGUGAUCGCCAGGAACUACAAUGGAAUCGCUGCUGCUCCAGUCAUUGCUCCCGUGGCUGCUCCAGUAGUUGCCAAAUACGCAGCAGCUCCUCUGGCUGCUCCUUUGGCCUAUUCUUCCCCUCUGGCUUACUCGGCACCACUUAGCUACGCCGCUGCUCCGCACCACUCCUCAUCUGAACUUCUAAACUCUGCCAAACCAGGACUCAUUGGUGCUCCUCUGGCCUACACUUCCCCGCUGGCUUAUACCGCUCCUCUGGCCUACACUGCUCCAGCUGCAGUAGUGGCUGCUCCUGCUCCAGUCGUGACCGCCACCAGUAGCCAGGUGAUCGCCAGGAACUACAAUGGAAUCGCUGCUGCUCCAGUCAUUGCUCCCGUGGCUGCUCCAGCCAUCGAAUUCGGUGGCCACCAAGAGUUAUUCCACAUUCAGCAAGCAGAGCUGGGCAGUGUUUUGGGUAUAAAUAUGCGCCUCCAAGAGCAGUUGGAUAUCAAACAGUUUCUAGCCUUCCGAAGAAGCAAACAAAGAAAUAUAUCCAACAUGUUCAAAUUCGCCGUUGUUGUCCUCGCUCUUGUUGCCUGCGUAGCUGCCAAACCAGGACUCAUUGGUGCUCCUUUGGCCUACACUUCUCCGCUGGCUUAUACCGCUCCUCUAGCCUACACUGCUCCAGCUGCAGUAGUGGCUGCUCCUGCUCCAGUCGUGACCGCCACCAGUAGCCAGGUGAUCGCCAGGAACUACAAUGGAAUCGCUGCUGCUCCAGUCAUUGCUCCCGUGGCUGCUCCAGUAGUUGCCAAAUACGCAGCAGCUCCUCUGGCUGCUCCAUUGGCCUAUUCUUCCCCUCUGGCUUACUCGGCACCUCUUAGCUACGCCGCUGCUCCCGCACCACUCCUCAUCUGAACUUCUAAACUGUGA